AUGGAGGGCUCAUUUGUUGAUAUCGUGCAUCGCCACGAAUUGCCUUCGCUACGAGAUGAAGAUCUUGUCCGCCUACUUUACGCCCAGUUUGGUCCACAGAUUGAUCAUUUAAAACGUGUUCCACCCGCCGUGGAAAGCGACGAAGGCCAUGAAACUCCAUCUCUUGGCAACCUUACCGAAAAUGCGCUCAGUCCAUCGAGACUACUAUUCGAAAAUGAUUAUGAUGAAGUGAACCGCUCAAUCACCAAUGUUCGCGCCCUGAAAUGGGUGCUUGCGAAUGAUUAUGAUUCUUUCGUCACCCAUCAACCUCCCCCUGUCAGGUUAUCUCAAAAGACCUUCCAAGAACUGAGGCGCGAAUCGGACUCUUUCCUGGAAGAUACCGACUUACUCCUCGCAAUCAUUGUGGCGCUGGUCAUCGGUGACAUGGGAAAAGACCCACACCUGGUCGCUGAGAUCGCAGCGCGUAGGGGUACUGAAGGUGUCGCAGAGUACGAAAACCACGAUCAACUACUCGCCGAUGCUGUUGAGUGUGGGAUCCUAGAUGGACCGCUCGGUCAGCUAUCCGUUGCUCGGCGCGCGGAGGUGAUUCUUGGAGUGCAGAUUGGAGCGACCCUAAAUAUCCCCCAACUAAUGCAAGGCGAAAAUAUCCCUGGCAGCUUACAGCCCGUUCUCAAGUUCCGUGGUCGCCCCGAGGCGUUCUAUCUCAAGUAUUUUGAAACAAUUUUUGACGUGUGCGGCGCCGGCGGCCAUCGUGAUAGUUGCGGUGCGAAACGGAUGAUUGAACCAGUUUGCCAGUCUUUUCUACAGGCCUGGCCUAUCCUGAAGAAAAUAAUCACCGAAGAUACCCCGCUAUGCGAGGCGUAUAAUCAAGUAUUGCGGAAUCGUGGGCAAUUACUUGUUGAUCACGGCUUUCCAGAACUAUCUACCGCUGAUCGCUCGGAACGGGCUUUACUACGCCUUUUCGCCAUAGGCCGUGUAGCUGACCGAUCAGUGGCCGAGCAAUUCCAGGAAGCCUUUAGAGGCUUGGCAGAGCAAACCCGCGAUGCUCUUGUUGAUGGAAUGAACGUUGAUGGUAUUGAUGAUGGCCAGGCUGUGCUUCUGUAUUAUAUUCCGGCCUUGUUCGCGGAGACAAACCAUGUUAUGCGUGAGACAUCCACAGAGGAGCAGAUCACCGCAUUGCAGUGUUUAAUGAGCUUUAUGGCUCGAACAUACGGAGGUUCGCGAUCGCAUCCUGGUCAAGAGGGAUCUAUUCGGGAGCGCGAUGUCUCGCCUGCUAUUAAGAUCGUGUGUGAUCCGUCUUUUCGCCAUAACCCACAUAUUCUGGAUGAAUAUAAUCUGCUAGAAGACUCGUAG